AUGUGGCGCCUCUUCUGGCUCGCCGUGUCAUGGCAGCUCCUCGCGGGGCUCGCCUCCGCCGCCAUCUCGGUGCCCUUCUUUGCCGACCUCGAGCGCUUGUCGCGCCUCGUCGACAUCUCGUACUGCAUCGGCAACACGGGUGUCCAUAAGCCCUUCCAGUGCGUCUCGCGCUGCAAAGACUUUCCCGCCCUGUCCCUCGUGAACACCUGGAGCACCGGCGUUCUCAUGGGUGACAGCUGCGGCUACAUCGCCGUGGAUCACACAGGCGGGGGAGGUCUGACCCGCCGCAAGCACGACGGUGCCGAUGAAGCAGCGGGUCUUGAGACGAGGAAGGGCCGCGGGUCCAUCAUCGUUGCGUUCCGAGGCACCUACAGCAUCACAAACACCAUCGUGGACCUCAGCACCGUGCCCCAAAAGUACGUCCCGUACCCGUCACCCGACGACGGCUCCAAGAUGCCACGGGAGCCGCCGAGGCACAGAUGCGACAACUGCACCGUGCACAUGGGCUUCCUCGACUCGUGGCGAAACGCCCGUCGCGUCGUUCUCCCCGAGCUUCAGAAGCUGCGAGCCGAGUAUCCGUCGUACUCCAUACAGCUUGUCGGCCACAGCCUCGGCGGCGCCGUGGCCUGUCUCGCCGCGCUGGAACUCAAGGUCUCGCUCGGCUUCGACGGCGUGUCCGUCACCACGUUUGGCGAGCCGCGCGUGGGCAACUACCAGCUCGCGCGCUUCGUCGACGACGUAUUCGGGCUCGACGGCGACAACGACGAGGCACUCGAAGCGCGGCCGUACCGCCGCGUCACCCACGCCAACGACCCCGUGCCUCUUCUCCCGCUUGAGGAAUGGGGCUACCACCCGCACGGCGGCGAAGUGUACAUAACCAAGCCCAACCUCACACCGUCCGAGAGCGACAUCCGCACCUGCGUGGGCGACAGCGACCCCGCGUGCAGCGCCGGCGCCGAGUCUGCCUCGCUCGUCAAGACGGUGCGUCGGCUGCUGCACUUCAGCCGGGUAGGAGCCGGCACAAUUCGCGCGCACCUCGAGACGCUGUCGUUCCCGGCCCGGUUCCGGCUGUGGGAGCUGUUCUUCGCGCACCGCGACUACUUCUGGAGGCUCGGGCUGUGCGUGCCGGGCGGCGACCCGGCCAACUGGGGGAAGGGGUGGGCGGCCCCCGACCCGGACCAAGAGCCGGGCGAGCUAUAA